GCAGUGUAAUAAAAGGAAAAUCGAUGGGAAAAUAUUUUUGAUUCUUAGUCACAGGUGCUCUUACCAAGUCAAUGCGCCACUUGGAGAGUGAGAGCAAAAGGUUUUGGGAUAUUUUGUCGAACCGAAGGAGAAAGACGCGUGGUACUUUUUCCAGGUUUUGUCAAACUUAAUGGUCAUCUGCAGAUGCGGCUGAUGCUUCUUGGUGGUUUCAACCUGUGCAUUCUACUUUGUUCGAAAUUUGCCAGUCAACUGAGUUGACUUUAUUUUGGCACGCGUGUUUCGACUGACAGAGGGACACUGUGAGCACCGAAAUGGAUUUCGCGGUUUUAAAAAUGUUUUUAUUGGACAAACUGCGCUGAUUUCAGAUCAGUUUUGCGCUAAUUGCGCAGACCAGUUUCUACGACACAAGAAGCAGUGCCACACACUGAGGCAACCCAUACGAACAUUGUAGUUUAACCAGCCUGAUAUUCCUGGAGAGCUCCGUGAACACAGCCCGGCGUUUGUAGUGGAGUUGGGGCACCAGUCGUGUUACGCUCGGGAGAAACAGAAAACAGUGGAAAGAAAAGGAGACUUUGGACUGCAGCUUUGUCUCAGAUAAACAUAAGCAAACCACAGAGGAGGAGAAGAGCUGCUUUUUCUCCACACUCGAGGAAAAAAAAGAUGGAUUUACUCAUAUGGCUCUGUGGAUGUUUACUGGCUUUUCUUUUGCCUCCAACAGUCACAGCAGAGGAAGGAGCGUCUGAGCCAUGCGGUGGCUAUUUAGAUGCGAGCGAUGCCGGAUACAUCACCACACCUGGCUACCCGCUUGAGUACCCACCUCACCAGAACUGCCGCUGGGUCAUCACAGCCCCUGAGCCCUCGCAACGCAUAGUCCUCAACUUCAACCCGCACUUUGAGAUAGAGAAGCUGGACUGCAGGUACGACUACGUAGAGAUCCACGAUGGAAACUCAGAGUCAGCUGACCUACUGGGGAAACACUGCAGCAACAUCGCCCCCGCACCCAUCAUAUCGUCGGGCCCCUCGCUCCACAUCAAGUUCGUGUCGGACUACGCCCACCAAGGGGCGGGCUUCUCGCUGCGCUACGAAAUCUUCAAAACUGGCUCAGACUGUUCCCGUAACUUCACCAGUCCCUCGGGUCUCAUUGAGUCUCCUGGCUUCCCCGACAAAUACCCCCACAACCUGGAGUGCUCCUUCAUCAUCAUCGUCCCUCCCAGCAUGGAUGUCACCCUCACCUUCCUCACCUUUGACCUGGAGAACGACCCCCUGCCGGGCGGAGAGGGCGACUGCAAGUACGACUGGCUGGAGGUGUGGGACGGGCUCCCGGGAGUUGGCCCUCAGAUCGGUCGUUACUGUGGGACCAGGGUGCCGCCAGAGAUCCAGUCAUCCACUGGGAUUCUCUCUCUGUCUUUCCACACGGACAUGGCCGUGGCUAAAGAUGGCUUCUCAGCUCGAUACAACAUGACGCACAAGGAAGUCAGUGAGACUUUCCAUUGCAGUAAUGCGUUCGGUAUGGAGUCGGGGAAGAUCACGGAUGACCAGAUCACGGCCUCGUCCAGUUUUUAUGAUGAACACUGGCUGCCGCGACAGGCCCGACUCAAUUACAAUGACAACGCAUGGACGCCCAAUGAGGACAGCAACAGGGAGUACAUACAGGUGGACCUCCAUACUUUGAAGGUGCUGACAGGCAUCGCCACGCAAGGCGCCAUUUCGAAGGAAACUGAGAAGACCUACUAUGUCACCACCUUCAAGCUUGAGGUCAGCACCAAUGGAGAGGACUGGAUGGUCUACAGACAUGGCAAGAAUCAUAAGGUUUUUCAUGCCAACGCUGACGCCACAGAUGUGGUUCUCAAUCGGAUCCCACAGCCGGUGCUGGCCCGCUUCGUACGGAUCAGACCUCAGACCUGGAAGAACGGCAUUGCACUGCGGUUCGAGCUUUACGGCUGUCAGAUUACAGAUGCUCCCUGCUCAGAGCUGCAGGGCAUGUUGUCUGGGCUGCUGCCUGACUCCCAGAUCUCUGCAUCCUCCAUGAGGGACAUCCACGGCUCCAUGGGGGCAGCCAGGCUGGUGGCCAGUCGGUCAGGCUGGUUUCCCAACCCAACGCAACCCAUAGCGGGAGAGGAGUGGCUACAGGUGGACCUCGGCGUGCCCAAGAUGGUGCGUGGCAUUAUUACCCAGGGUGCAAGAGGGCUGGAGGGCAGCACCAGCGCUGAGAACAGAGCGUUUGUCAGGAAGUACAAACUGGCGCACAGCUUAACCGGCAAAGAGUGGACCUACAUCACCGACAGCAAGACGGGCUUUGCUAAGAUUUUCGAAGGGAACAGCCACUACGACACUCCAGAGGUGCGGAGGUUCGACGAGAUAGUGGCCCAGUACAUCAGAGUCUUUCCGGAGAGGUGGUCGCCCGCUGGGAUUGGCAUGAGGAUGGAGGUCCUCGGCUGUGACCUGCCUGAAACCACUACUGUACCUGACACAGUGACCCCCACCGUGCCCAGAGUGGAGCACACAACUGCUGCUAUGAGACCUGCCACCACCCCGUCCCUGUCGGCUGUAUGUGACUUUGAGCAGAGCUUGUGCGGCUGGUCGGCUGAUCCCCAGUCAGGUGUGAGCUGGUCCCUGCACACAGCCAGCAGCAGUUCAACAGGACACGGCACACAUGAGACGAGACAGGAUCUGGCUCUGGGAUCAGACAAUUUCUCAGGGAACUACCUCCACCUGGAUGCAGGCGGCCACACCCAGCGCAAGCGAGCCCGGCUGCUGAGCCCUGAGGUGGGGCCAGAGCGAGGCCCGCUCUGCCUCCUCUUCUACUACCAACUCCAAGGGGAGGCGCAGGGGAGCCUGAGGGUGCUGCUGAGAGACAGCGACCAGGAGGAGACACUGCUAUGGGUGCUUAAAGGAGACCAGGGGCCCCACUGGAGGGAGGGCCGCACCAUCCUGCCCCAGAGCCCCAAAGAGUAUCAGGUGGUGUUCGAAGGUUUCUUUGAUCACCCGACCAGAGGCCACAUCCGAAUCGAUAACAUCCACAUGAGCAACAGCAUCGAGCUGGAGCAGUGUACACAGCCUUUCCCUGCUUUAACUCCUGGCAUAACCAACCCCAGGCCGAUGGAUUUCGGAAAAGAUCCUGUUUUCAAUAACAAGCACCCAAUCAAUGGAGAAUACAUCUUCCCAGGGUGGCCGUCCUCCUUCUCCACCCCCUCCUCCUCUGAUGUGGACCCUCCCUCCGUCACCCUGGUGUCAGAGAAAGACAAGGACAACGCCUGGCUGUACACGCUGGAUCCCAUCCUCCUCACCAUCAUUGUGAUGAGCUCUCUGGGCGUCCUGCUGGGUGCAGUUUGCGCAGGACUGCUCCUCUACUGCACGUGCUCCUACAGCGGGCUCUCCUCGCGCUCCUCCACGACACUGGAGAACUACAACUUUGAGCUGUACGACGGGAUCAAGCAUAAAGUAAAGAUAAACCAGCAGAGGUGCUGCUCAGAGGCAUGAAGAGGCGGAGGAGGAGGAGGAGGAG